CGGGUUUGUUGGCUAAGACCUAAUGAGCUGGGUCCUUGGCUGGCUCAGAUGGAAAAACUUGACGCAGCAUUCCAUGGGACUAGUCCAAGGGAGGUGACGUCGAAAUCCGAUUGCGACGGAACCGAUACGCGGGGUAAGCUCACACAUCUUAUGUGAGUGGGAAUCAAUGUAAUCCAGUCUCCGAUUGCGCCAUCUCAUUUAUUCCGUUCUCAACUGUAUACAUCCGGUACAAGAUUGGCAAAUGGAACGAGGACGCGAUAAAGAAUUGUCUUCCCAGACUUCGUCUGAAGAUGAGAAACGCCCCCCAACUUCCUAUAGCAAACAGCCCCAUGGCGGAGGAUUACUCGGGCGACAGUCUAGGGAACGAAGAUACUUCGACUCAGGUGAUUUGGCCCUCUCCGCAGCGGAUAGAGUAACCGAUAAUGGUGAAAUUAAAACUGGCGCGGCCCAUCCUAUGCGUGACAGCAUUUCGCGUCCUUAUGCUCCGGUUCCAAUCAAUAGCAAUGUUCAAAAUGAUGCCAACAGGGACUUUAGUGGCAUGAAAUCCCCAAUCCCGGAAAUGGUAGAUAGUCCUCUUCACCAGCAAAACCAAAAGGGGGCUAAGAAUAUGCGGGAAAAAGAGGACAAUGUUUAGGGGGACAUUGUCACAAUGCAUUCUUAUGACACAGAAAAGCCUCGUGACAUUCGGGUAUCCAUUUCAGAUUGAUGUAGGUCGAUGCACUGUAUAAGGCGAGAGACUGUGAAAUUCAACAUUCCGAUUUUCUGAAGCAUGUUACGGUGUACAGCUUUGAUCUGCUAAUUUCCUUUCGCCAUCAGCUUUUAUACUGAUCAGGACACUUAACAUGUUCUCAUAGACUAGCAUUGUGGUCACCGAGGCCGGUACAGCACGUAUCAUGCUAGCGCCC